CGCGCCUCGAAGAACGAGUUCCGGUCUGGCCGAGGCCUGUCUCCUAAAAAUAGCCCCGGUGUGGGGAUCCGUGCGCGGAUGUCCCGGCGAGUCCCGGGCUGAAGGAGGCGGCGGCUCCGGGCGGGCGGGCGGCGCGCGGAGUGUGGUGGCGGGGCCCGGGCUGCGGCGCGUGUGAGCCCGCCAGCUGCGCCGGAGAGACGGAAUUGCAUUUUUGAAAAAGGAACAACAAAGCCUGCUUCUUCAGGGAUCACCUCUCAGAGCACUUUUGCUGAUACUUUAUUUCUAAUCUUAGAGAAGAUUUCAGCUGUAGCCCUUGGACUAGAAACUGAAAUAAUAGAAGCUGUGUACGAUGCAUUAGGGUAUUGAAGAAAAUUAAUUUUUGAAUUAAAUAUUUGGCAUAUAAGGAAAGAAAGGUGACUGAAAAUGGGGCGGAAGAAAAUACAAAUCACACGCAUAAUGGAUGAAAGGAACCGGCAGGUCACAUUUACAAAGAGGAAGUUUGGAUUGAUGAAGAAAGCCUAUGAGCUUAGCGUGCUCUGUGACUGUGAAAUAGCACUCAUCAUCUUCAACAGCUCUAACAAACUGUUUCAGUAUGCCAGCACCGACAUGGACAAAGUUCUCCUCAAGUACACAGAGUAUAAUGAGCCUCACGAAAGCAGGACCAACUCAGAUAUUGUGGAGGCUCUGAACAAGAAGGAGCACAGAGGGUGCGACAGCCCAGACCCCGAUACUUCCUAUGUGCUAACUCCACAUACAGAAGAAAAGUAUAAAAAAAUUAACGAGGAGUUUGAUAAUAUGAUGCGGAAUCAUAAAAUCGCACCGGGUUUGCCGCCUCAAAACUUCUCAAUGUCUGUCACCGUCCCUGUGACAAGCCCUAAUGCAUUGUCCUACACUAACCCAGGGAGCUCCCUUGUCUCACCGUCUUUGGCAGCCAGCUCAACAUUAACAGAUACAAGCAUGCUCUCUCCACCUCCAGCCACGUUGCAUAGAAAUGUGUCCCCCGGAGCUCCUCAGAGACCACCUAGUGCUGGCAAUGCAAGUGGGAUGUUGAACACUACAGACCUCACGGUGCCAAAUGGAGCUGGAAGCAGCCCAGUGGGAAAUGGAUUUGUAAACUCAAGAGCUUCUCCAAAUAUGAUUGGAAAUACUGGUGCAAAUAGUUUAGGCAAAGUCAUGCCUACAAAGUCUCCCCCUCCCCCAGGUGGUGGCAAUCUUGGAAUGAGCAGUCGGAAGCCUGACCUUCGCGUUGUCAUCCCCCCUUCAAGCAAGGGCAUGAUGCCUCCCCUGAAUACCCAAAGGAUAAGCAGCUCUCAAGCCACUCAACCUCUCGCUACCCCCGUGGUGUCUGUGACAACCCCAAGCCUGCCUCCACAGGGACUCGUGUACUCCGCCAUGCCGACGGCCUACAACACUGAUUACUCGCUGACCAGCGCUGACCUGUCGGCACUGCAAGGCUUCACCUCCCCAGGAAUGCUGUCUCUGGGGCAGGCAUCGGCCUGGCAGCAGCACCACCUCGGACAAGCCGCCCUCAGCUCUCUUGUCGCUGGAGGCCAGUUAUCUCAGGGUUCCAGUCUGUCCAUUAACACCAACCAAAAUAUCAACAUUAAGUCAGAACCAAUCUCACCUCCCCGGGAUCGAAUGACCCCCUCAGGCUUCCAGCAGCAGCAGCCGCCGCCACCGCCACAACCUCCCCAGCCUCAGCCCCGGCAGGAAAUGGGGCGCUCCCCGGUGGACAGUCUGAGCAGCUCUAGCAGCUCCUACGAUGGCAGCGACCGGGAAGAUCCACGGGGGGACUUCCAUUCGCCGAUUGUGCUUGGCCGACCUCCGAAUGCUGAGGACAGAGAAAGCCCCUCUGUAAAGCGCAUGAGGAUGGACGCGUGGGUGACUUAGGGCUUCCGGCUUGCAUUUGUACUUGUGCUACCGCAGUGAACUGCCCUACAUAUCUAAAUUGGUAAAUAAGGACAUGAGUUAAAUAUAUUUAUAUGUAUAUGCAUACAUAUAUAUCCCUUUCCAUAUAUAUGUAUGCGAGUGUGAGUGUGUACGUGUGGGUGUGUGUUGCAGACACAAAAUCAGGCACUUACUGCAAACUCCCUGUAGGUCUGCAGAUGUGGGCACAUCUGCAGAUGUGGGUCCCCGGCAGACAAAGCACCCUGUAGGCACAGACAAGUCUGGCACUUCCUUGGACUACUUGUUUCAUAUGGUAACCAGUUUUUGCAGAGAAAUGUGUACCCAUAUAUAAUUCUCCCACACUAGCUUGCAGAAACCUAGAGGGCCCCACUUGUUUUAUUUAACUGUGUGGUGACUGUAGUUACUUCAGAAAAUGCUUUGUAGAACAGAGCAGUAGAAAAGCAGGAACCAAGAAAGCAAUACUGUAUAUAAAUGUCGUUUGUAUUAAUUACCCAACCUGGCAUGGGUCUCUAUUGCAAAGAGGUGCAUGGAAAAGGGCUGUUGAUAUUAAAAACAAACAAAAAAAACAAAACAAAAAAGCCCCACACAUAACUGUUUUGCACGUGCAAAAAUGUAUCGGGUCAAAGAACUGAUCUUUAGCUAAAUAAAAAGAAAGAAAGAAUAUAAAACACGCAUGAGAUAUGCAGAAAAUACUAGCCUAGAAAUAUAGAGCAUUAACAAGAUAAAAUUAAUAUAUUAAGUUAUAAUUGGAAUAUGUCAGAAGUUUCUUUUUACAUUCAUAUCUUAAAAAUUAAACUGAUUUUAGCUCAUGUAUAUUUUAUAUGAAAGAAAACGCCCUUAUGAAUUGAUGAUUAUAUAUAAAAUUAUAUUCACUACUUUUGAACACAUUCUGCUAUGAAUUAUUUAUAUAAGCCAAAGCUGAUGUUGUAACAUUUUUUUUUUUAGAAAAUAGCUUUAUCUUGUUUUGACUUUUUAGUUUUUAUUUUAAGAGGGGAGGAAAAAAAAAACACAAAAAUAUCUUGCAAGCAGAACCUUGGAAAAAAAAAGCCAUGAACACUUAUUAUUCUAUAUGUAAAUUAAAAUUGAGCCAAACUCUUUUGUGUACAUAGCAUCUUAAAUAUAUUAUCACCUUUGAUGUAAGUACCUAUGUAUUGUAUGGUCACCAGAUUAAAAAGUAUAUUUUUGUGGAUUGCCGCCAAUUUGGGGGGAAAAGGCGAAGUCCUUAUUAAGUAGAGUAUUCACUGUUUAAUAUUUACUAUUUUGUUAAAUAUACUGUACUUUGAAUUUUAAUUAUUAAUUAGCCCAGUUUUUUCAGAGGAUUGUAUAAAGGGGUUUCUCCCCUCACUGGUGGUGAAUGUGUAACGUUACGUUGUAAUCUUUGUGCUAUAUGGGGUGAGCAUCAUUAUAUAUUUUAUAUGUGUACAUAAAUAGCAAAGUGGCAGAAAAAAAUUGGUGUUAAGUUCAUCCUGCAUAAAUAUAAAACGUGUUGUAACAGAUUUUAUAAGGCAUUUAAAGCUUGCCUUUUGUGAGGAAGAAAAUAUAGUAGAAAAAGAUGACCUAAUUUAAUUAAUAUUAGAAAAAUGGCAAAAUAGUAGAUGAGCACAAAGGUUUUCUCAGUGGUAACUGAUUAGGGGAAAAUAUUCACAGGGAAAGGAACUGUUUGCUGACGCUCUUAACACGGAAUGGCGUCGCUCGUUACCGAAUGCACUACUGCACGCCCCUCUGUUCUCAGGCCUGGCCCUGGAGUGGGGGAGCAGCUCCAGUGCAGACUCCAGGUGUGACCUGCCAGCCCGCCUGAGCUCAGUGCCACCCUCCAUUUGCUGAGGGCAGUCCAUUUGCCUUCUGGGCUUGUGCCAUGAAUAGAAUUCAAAGUCCUGUAUAGCUUUUAUUGUAGAUUUUUAAAUACGCCUUUUCCUGAGAACCUUAAAAGAAGGCCGAGUAAUUGCUGCUAUUUUAUAUUUUAAACUUAAUGUCGAGCAGCUACCUACAAUUUGUACUACACUUUAUUUCCCCUAAGUGAUGUCCUCCUGACAUUUUCCUCAUCUGAUGUUUGUGACAAAUCAUCAGCUCCUUCCUGACCGCGGCAGCCCGUGGCUCUCACGGGCUGCUGAGAUCCUGUUGUCAUGGCAGUUUCCACAGUAAGUUUUGGUAGAAACAGAGGAGGAAAGGGGAUGAUACACUGUCUCCUCUCAUCAGCAUAGACAUUUGGCUCUUAUUCUGGAAAAAAAAUCAUUUUUCUUUUUAAAUGUACUUAAUUAAACUACUUCUAGGCAUAUUUUCUUCAUGAAGUCAUCCCUCAUUGAAUCAAGACAGUCUCCCAACACGGAAUAUCCAAGAUAAUCCUUACCACUUUGUAAACCAUUUAUAACUUUGGAAGUGUUAAGUGAUCCUUUUGUUAUUAUUUAUGCAUGUUCAUGAACUUCUGCUGUAUAUUGGAAUAGGAGUUAACACAUUCACAUUUACUGUCUAUUUUCUUGUGUGCCUUAUGAGAUGGCUUUUCUGACUGUAUCUUACUAGUCUUUCUUUCUAUGCAGGUUUAUAAUCAGUACAACUACUGUUUUUUCUAAAAUUCUAUUACACAAGGCUCGGAGUUUGUAUUUAAAUUAUACUGACCAAGUAACAAUGUAUUCCGUUUUCAGGAACUGAAUCUUUGACUGUUAACCUUUUUUCCCAUACGCCCAAGUAUGAUUUUUGGAGCGUAUGGACUCGACAGACAUCCUUCACCCAGACGCCCAUGUGUGAACACAUCCACAUCUACAUGUCUCAGUAGAAACCAACCUAAGCAAGGAAGACACUGACGGGUGACUUGAGAACCAGUCCUGUGACCCUUUUAGACUCGUGUGUUUUGUAGAAGACACCACCACAGGAAAGUCCUAUCCCUUCAGAUGAAGUAUUAGUAAAACUAAAACAACAAAAGCUUCCAUGACCCUGGCUCAAGGCAGCCCCCAGCAGCUGCACUUCCCGCGGUACCCUGCGUGGUUCAGCACUGAGAAUGGAAGUCUCCUUGGGGGGAACACAGGUGGUCCCAAUCAGAACUCCAUCUUUUGAGCCCUAAUUAUGUCCAUUGUGUUAGUGACUAAAUCAGGGGUUUGUUCGAAGAGAACAAUUCAUGUUUUGCCAUUUCCUUUUAACAGUAAGGACAAGUAAUAAUGCAUUCACAUAAUUUCUGUUUUCACCAUCGUGCACACAAGAAAUACAUAGUAAAUAAGGAACCUGAAAACUCCUGGCAUUGGCUCAUUAAAAAGCUAGAUAAUUAGAAUGUGAAAAAAAAAGAUUUUACAAAUGUAAAACUUUUAUUUCUCUGUAGAAACUUUCUUCACUUUGCUGUGCAAGAAGACACUGCUUUGCUAUAUUUAAAAUGGCUUUUUUAAAAAAAGAGAUUUAUGUAUUUGGUAAUUGUUUGUAGUCAACAGUUCACACAAGAAGCUGUACACGGUUUGAUCAUGGAAAACCGUUUGGCGGCACAAGCUGGACUUUGUUGCCAUCCUUGAGAUGAACCUUUUAAGAAAAAUAAGUUAAUCUCAAUUUUUUCCCUGAAUGUGUUGUUUUUUCUUCAUUAUACAAUAAAUAUUAUAGUGAACUUUUUAUCAAAUGGUUAAGACGAUGCUAGAGGUUGCUGUGAACUGUUUGUCUCCUGCACUCACCCAGUAAAGACAGCCUGACUCUUACCGCA